AUGAAGAGUGUGGCCAUCGACGUGCCGACAGCGAACUGCGCAGAGGUGGAUCCCCAAAAACUCCUUGCGGAAAUCCGACGCCUGAGCCGGCGUGUGGAACUCCUUGAAGAGCAGUUCUCCAGCGAACCUCCAGAUGAGGAUGAUGUCCUUGAGCUACCGGACAGUGCUCAUGAGACAAAGCCGGAUUGUUCCCAAGCAGCGGUUUCGCAGACGGAGCAUGCGUUUCAAUCUAAGGAUAUCCUUGCGGAUGCAGACCCACAGGUGAAGAAGCCUAACCAAAAGAAAAAGAAAAAAACUACUCCUGUGCAUUUCGAAGCGAGUGCGUGGAACAUUCCACUCGUGAUUGGCUUGGCCGAUGUGGGCUGGGUGGAUGCCUUGGCAGCCUCGCUCCUCAUCGCAGUGAACCUUGGCAUGCAGAUUGCAUUUUCAGCCAUUCUCCUUUCCGAGCCUUUCAUGGGAGAGACGUUCGACGAGAAUGUGGACAGCGCCAGAAUAUGGCGAAGGAGCAUGGCCCACGACGACUCUUACGUCGACUUGUCAGGUACGAGUUUGGUGUCUCGAGUUUGUGCUCUGGACGGAGCUUUGAUCUUGUCCAACCGGCAGGCAGACCUCGUGAAGCAGAUCAAUGCCUUCUUAGGCAUACGCAAAGCAGAGCUCCUGCCGCAGCCCUUCCAACCAGGUGUUUUGCUAUGCGUCCUUUGCAUAUUGUUGUGGACGUUAUGUGUCUACAAGGAACUCCGUUCUGUUUGGCUGUCUCUGGAAGCCACGAUGCAGAUCCCGAAGGCCAGGAGGACAGCCUUCGAGAACUACACGUUUCAGAACAUUUCUUAUGGUCGCUACAGCCUCCUAUUGCUGACCUACGCAGCCCGUGCCACCAUCGCCGCAGUCCUCUUGGUAGCUGGCAUCUUGUGGCUUGCCCGCACCACGUCCAUUCAAGAGCUCAUGCUCAAUGCCGUUGCUCUCAAUGCCAUCCUGGAUGUCGACGAGUUCCUCUUCGCGUGCCUGACUCCAAUCAAAAUCCAGCACGUCAUGCAAUCUUUGGAGCCGAUGCAGGUCAAGUACAGCCGCAAACGCAGCCAAUGCGAGACACUGGCACAUUUUGCCUUCGUCUCAGGGGCGGUGCUGCUGGCCUACUUCCUCUUAGUAGGACCCCUGACUGAGUCGAUGGUGGCCGUCAAGAAGGAGCUUUGUGGUGGUAAUCAGUCAUUCGUCGUCUCGUACAACCGCAACACGCAGGUGACACAUGGCUUCGCCACUGCAAACGCUGGCGCGCGGGAUGAUGGUCAGCUCUCAGUCAGCGAACUUGCGGUCAAGAAGCACCUGGGCAUCUCACCUGAGACGACUCCGGGCGAAGUGCCAGACUACAUCCUUUUUUCAGGCAGCAGGGCGGCCUUCGACACGGACCGUCAGCGGGACAUGAGCGAACAGGCAGCAGUGUACCCUUUCUGCAUUGAGACCCAGCUGCUGAAAGCGGGCACUCUGCUGAACGGUGAUGCUGAGAUGCAGCCCGUGGCAGAGAUCCUUCUGAGAAAUGCCGGCCUAGCCCUCGGCUACGAGAUGGCAUCAAGUUGCGCCGAGCUUUCCCACAUGUGUAACAGAUCUGAUGCUGCCUUGCUCCGCUUGGUCUGUGGUGAGACGUGUGGCUGCGUGGAUCCCGUGGCCUCUCCAUGGCACAAGGUGACCGCACAGGGCUGCAGUACCGCAUGCCUCCAGGAGGCCGAGGCCCAGCUUGCCAACGUGAGCUGUGAGGAUAACGAGACGGAGAGGCAUUGGGAGGAGUUCUGGAACUUGUAUGAAGAGGCGGUGUCUGGAUACUACGGAGAUGAGGUGACACAGACAUCGCUUUGGUACACCGUGAAUGCGACACUCCAGGGCAUGUUGUCGCAAGGUUGUGCCUAUUUGCAUGUAGAGCCCCAGGACUUCGUGACCGGCGCUACGUGGUGUGAAGGGAUGUCAGACUUGUUCAAGCCUUUGGCCACCAUCUGUCCACAGACCUGUGGUUGCAGUGACUUCACCGAUGUUUUGCCGAGCCAUUGCCCGUCCGGCUGCAGCUUCUGA